AAAGAAACACCAGGUUGUGCUUUUUGUUUUUUACGUUCUGGCUUUGAUUUGCUUUUGUAGCUUUUUAAAAUCGCUUUGAAAAAAAGUGUUGUUUUCAUUUUCUACAAGCAAGAAGAGGGAGAGAAAGAGACUCACUUUAUUCAAAGGAAAAAAAGCGAAAAAAGCAAUUCAAAGCCUUUACAUCUAAACAAAAACAAAAAUACAUACAUAUACCAUAAUACCCAUUUCAAAUAUCAAGAUUUUUUAAUCUGUAUAACUAUUUUUUCUUUCUCUUAUAAUUUUCUAUUUUUCUUUCUUUGCUGUGGAAAAUCAUGGCAGAUGUUUUGAGAAAGACCAAUCUUGUUUCUUCUUCUUCUUCUUCAUAUAUUGGUUAUAGGAAAGUGCAGAAAUAUAGCAGUUCUGUUGUUGCAAAAAGUUGCAGACUUCCUUCAAAAGUGACUCCUCAAGCUUUGAAAUCAACGACGUUGCAUAAUUCUGAUUUCCUUGGUAAAAGUGUUCUUCUUCAAGAAAAUCUGGGCAAAUCCAAGAGAUGGAAUUAUCUUAAAUUUUCAAUUAAGGCUCAGGCUGGCCUCAGGCUCAAGAAGUCCCAAACAUGGUGGGAGAAGGGUUUGCAACCCAACAUGAAGGAGGUGACCUCUGCACAAGACCUUGUGGACACCCUCUUGAAUGCUGGGGACAAACUUGUCAUUGUUGAUUUCUUCUCUCCUGGCUGUGGUGGCUGCAAAGCUCUCCAUCCCAAGAUAUGUCAAUUGGCGGAGAUGAACCCAGAUGUGCUGUUCCUUAAUGUAAAUUAUGAGGAACACAAAUCUAUGUGCCAUAGCCUCAAUGUCCAUGUGCUUCCAUUCUUUAGAUUUUACCGAGGGGCUCAAGGCCGGGUAUGCAGCUUUAGCUGCACUAAUGCAACGAUCAAGAAAUUUAAGGAUGCAUUGGCCAAGCACACCCCGGACCGAUGCAGUCUUGGACCAACAAAAGGGCUGGAGGAGAAAGAGCUCAUGGCUUUGGCUGCAAACAGAGAUCUCAAAUUCACAUAUACACCAAAACCAGUCGAAUCUGCUCCAGCCGAGGAAGAGACAGUGCCAGCAAUUGUCCCAUCUCAUUCUAUUUCAACCCUGCCUCUUCCCCUUCCCCUGCCCAUGACAAGCCUGGAGCCUCAAGAUUUGGAGGAGAAAAACUUAGUAACAUCAGGGAGGUGAUAGCUCCUGCAACUCUUCCGAAUCUCCUUGUACAGUUCUAGUUUGUGCUAUGUAAAAUCUUCUUGAUACAGGUAGAACAAACUAGUAGAGUGAAAGUCUGUAUUGUGUAUCCUCACAGAAUUUCAGGCUUUUGGAUAUAUUUUUUUGGUCCUGGCCUGCUGGCUGCUGCUACUUGUAUGAGGGGUCUGUCUGAUGUGAAAAGCUUGUCUUUUUGUAUUUUAUUUCUCUUUCUUUUUUUUCCCAACUCUUGUUUGGAGAACACAAAAUGGUUAGUCUUGUAUUCUGGAUCUUUAUUAUGAACAUAAUACCAAUAUAUUACUAUUUACUAAUAUUA